AUGCUAUCAUUAGUUGUUUCGUUGGCAGUUGGACACCUUGUAUCAGCAUUGUUUAUAGACACUUCAAACUACCUGCCAUACCCACCAUCGUCGGAUGAACCAUUAAUAUACCACAAUUCCACAACCACAGACGCAACAAAGCAAGCAUACAAAAGGCAUCCGUUUUCGCUUCAAUAUAAUAAACUUUACGGCAAGCAAGUGGUUUCGUGUAUGCAGCAAGUAGAAGCUUUGUUAUUGAAUGAACUGGGAGACUGUUUACUGCCAAUUUCGGCUGCUGCUGCUGCUGUAUCAUUCAACUCCACCAAGGUCGAGGAUUUCGAUUGCCAAUGCCUAUUUAUGAAGUAUGUUGAUGAGGACUGUUUUGAUACGGGCUUAAAUGACAACGGAUUAUGGGAUUUGGAGAAGUUGGACUACCCCCAGUGCAAGUUCAGCGCGUAA